AUGAGACUCAAGGCAGAUUCAUUUGUGUACAGAUCCAAUUUCGCUCUUGAAUUUAACGCUGAUCGGAAGGUACCGGAGAUCGGAUCGGCGGCGAUGGAUGGUGGCGAUGAUAUGGACUCUCUCUUCGAGGGGAUGGAACUUUUUACGCCGUCUCAAAUCGCCGUAACCAGCGAGGACACGGCAAUUUCGCCGCCUCGAUCGGAAGAUAACGAAAGAAAGACACACAUCACGGCGGCUCCAUCUCCAGCUCCGUCAGAGCCUGAGCCUUUGGACGAAAAUCUGUUUUCGGACUUAACGAUAGUGAGUCCGGUCCAACACUUACCUCAGCCCAUCGAUGCAGUGUCUUCUUCCUCGGAGACCUCGACGACGGCGAAGAAUUACGGACGUCAAGUGUCUCGGAGGAAGAAAAGAGCCGCCGGAUUAAGAAUCGGAUACGGGAGGCACGAGAUUAACAGUCUCGACGAAGACGAAGAUGAUUCCGUCAGUCAACAAUCGGAUUCCGUCAGUCAACUACCUGAUUCCGUCAGCCAAGUGUCUGAUUCCGUCAGUCAAGUGUCGGAUUCCGUUGAUCAGUCUUUGGAGUCUGGAGUUGGUAGCUCAAGGUUGGAGUUAGUGAAGGCUCAGAUCGAAGGGAAGCUAACCCGUGCUCUUGAAAUGGCCGCUUCGGUUGCAGCUGCUCGCAAGAAUGCGAUCAGGAAGAGAAGGCAAGCAUCUGAGAAUCUCAGAUUAGCUUCCGCAACGCACGACGAGCUCGAGAAGCAGCUUGAGGAAGCAAUUGAGGCUGAGGAUUUUGAUGCGGCUGAGAGGAUUAGCGAAAGCCUCGCGGCUGCGGAAAGAGAUAAGCAAGCUCUCAUGGCAUUGCUCCGUCAAGCAGAAUCUGAUUGUGACGCUAUUGAAACGAAGAUGGAGGAGGUCCUUCUUGCCCAGAUUUCCGCUGAGGAAGACUCUGCCUCUCUGCUUCGUGGGUUUUGCACGGAUGCUGAGAGUGACGCUGAAUCAAUUCUAGAGAAGGCAGAGGCUUUUUGUUCAGAGGAAAUGGGGAAAUGGCAAUCAUGUUCUGAAGAUGUGGAGGUCAGAAAAUUCGAAUUGGAUAUAGAAUCUGUCAUAGUUGAUAGUGUUCUGUUGUCAUUGAAUGGUACUCUUGAGGGAUCGGUUGAACAAGAGAUGAAAGAAAAGGAGACGUUAGUUAAGAAGAAAGAACAUUUGGCAGAUGAACUUCAGGAGCUGCUUGCUCUGGUGAAGGCAAAGGAGAAGGAGAUUGAUGAGAACGAUCUCCAAAUAAAGGCAGUCCAGACAAGGAUUAAUAGUGUAGUCUCUGGCUACAAGGAAUUGCAAACAAGCAUGGAUAAAAUGUCUAACGAUGUGCAAACGGGUCUCUCUCAGAUUGAUAUGGAAACUGAAGCUUUAUCAACGAAAAAGAAAGAAACGGACGAGUUCAUUGCAUCUGAGAAGGAGAGAGCAGCCAAACUCCGUGAUCUUGUCAGUGUUUCAGCAGAUGAAGCAUUUGAGUAUGAGAAAGUUAUUAAAUUGCGGAAAACUCUAAUGUCAUAUGUGUCAAAAACUAGAGAAGAGAGAGCCAAGCUUGUAAAUAUCGAAGAGAAGCUUUCCGAGGAAGUCCAGAGGCUACAAGAGGAGGUUUCCAGUACCCGAGAGUCAAUUAAGGAGCAAUCUUCUAGAAAGUCGAUCAUCCAGCAGAAUAUUACAUCGUUCAUGGAUAAAAUUAUGUUCAUAGAAAAAAGGUUGCCAGAGCUUGAAGCAGAGAAGAAAGUGGCUGCCUCGACGAGAAAUUUCAAAGAAGCUGGAAGAAUAGCAGGAGAAGUGAAGUCCUUAAAUCUAGAAAAGGAGAAGAUACAGAUUGAAACAGGAAAAGCUAACUCUGAGCUCGAAAAAGCAGAGCAUGAGAUUGAAGAAACGAUCAAGAGGUUACAAGAGCUAGAGAGGUUGAUAUUGUCAAAAGAAAAAGAAUUGUCUAUCAGUAGAUUCCAGAGAUUGCGGAUUGACAGCAGCACUGCAAAAGCCGAGAGAUCAGCAGCUCUGGAACUGAGUGAACUCGAAGAAGCAAAUCUUCUACUUGAGGAAGCACAAGAGGCAGAAUCCGAGGCAGAGAAGCUUCAACUAACAUGCGAUCUCAAGGAGGAGGAAGAAGAAGAGGCAAAAUCUUAUGAAAGUUUUGUCUCGAUGGAACUUAUAGCCACACUUGGUCUAAAAAAAUUAGAAGAACUUGCAGAAACUGUUCAAUCAACUUGA